CCCCUCCCUGUUGCUAGUUCCCCCUCCCCUCCGGCUCCCGGCCGCCAGUCGGAGCGAAGAUGGCGAAGACCUACGACUAUCUCUUCAAGCUGCUUCUCAUCGGCGACUCCGGCGUGGGCAAGACCUGCCUGCUCUUCCGCUUCAGCGAGGACGCCUUCAACACCACCUUCAUCUCCACCAUCGGAAUUGAUUUUAAAAUCAGAACAAUAGAACUAGAUGGGAAGAAAAUCAAACUACAGAUAUGGGAUACUGCUGGUCAGGAAAGAUUCCGCACCAUUACAACUGCAUACUACAGAGGAGCCAUGGGUAUUAUGCUGGUUUAUGAUAUCACAAAUGAGAAGUCCUUCGACAACAUUAAAAACUGGAUAAGAAACAUAGAAGAGCAUGCAUCUUCAGAUGUAGAAAGAAUGAUCCUGGGUAAUAAAUGUGAUAUGAAUGAGAAAAGACAAGUUUCAAAAGAAAAAGGAGAAAAGUUAGCAAUUGAUUAUGGAAUCAAAUUUCUGGAGACAAGUGCAAAAUCGAGCAUAAAUGUGGAAGAGGCUUUCUUCACCCUUGCACGGGAUAUCAUGACAAAACUCAACAAAAAAAUGAAUGACAACAGUUCAGCGGGUGCAGGUGGACCAGUGAAAAUAAUGGAAAACAGAUCAAAGAAGAGCAGCUUCUUUCGAUGCACACUGCUUUGAUGAACUCCUAAUAAUAGACUGCAGCAUACCUAGAGAGAGAGAAAACCCUUUUCCUGCUUCUCUGAAAGCACAGGCUCACCUGGCCUCAGAGCUGUUACCACCAGGCUGCUGCUGAGAGCUCUGUUUGAAUGUAGAGUGUGCUAAACCAAGAGAGAAAAGGAUUUUGGUUCGCUCUGCUUCUCAGCAAGUCGGGCUCCCUCUUCUCAAACACGGAAGCUGUGAAGUUGAGAGACACAUGUGCAGGAGCUAAAUCUUCUUUAUUACUUUGUUUCACUGCCUGCUUCAAAAGCUGCUCAGUUUUUCUUUGCACACUCAUAUUUGCCCUCUGUUGCCUGCUAGAGCACAGUCUUAACACUUGUCUUUGCACAGCUAGCUUUCUUUCUUUUCGUUCUAGUAAGCAUUCCCUAGCAUUUCCCCCCCAGCUGUAGUAUUCCCCCCCCCCCAGCAUUCCCUAGCAUUUCUCCCCCAGCUGUAGAUUGGGUCCCACACUGAAUACAGAGGGCAUGGCCGUAGAUGCAGCACCCAUGCUCAGAGGGUCGCCAUAGAGCCAAUAGAAUUCUGCCUACAAUUAUUCAUGGGCAUCAUAAGAGGAGAGGCCCUUAGAGCUCUGUGUGCUUCCUAUAUCCCCAGCCAGUUGCCCUCCUCAACUCAGUGUAAUUUACUUGUGCUCUGUCAAGGCAAAAGGGAGGGCUAGAUGGCAUGUAGGGCUAGAUGACUUCCCACCAACACUGUGGCUCCUCAUACUGCCUUGUGUACUUAAUAAGAAGGGGCAGGAGGGCUGAAAGCCCCACACCUGGUGGCCUGGAAUAUGGCCCUAGUAUUUUUCUCAGGCAUAGAAAUAUGUCUGCAACAUAAAUGUGGUUUUGUAGCCUGGUGCUGGAAAGCUUAACACCCCAGGCACUUAAAAUUUCUAUUUGGGCUUGCCACUCUUUUUUUGACAAAUACACAGAUCUGUUUAUAUGGAAAUGAACUUUUUUUCCUGAAUGUAUGGUGUUGCAUUUCUAUGUACAGAAGGUGUACUGGAACCACUUACAGUAUCUCUUACAUCAGUCCAAUUUCACUUCUAUUUCAUGCUGUAUUCAGUUGAACUGCAAGGCGCUCAGUUCUCUGUUAAAUGCAACUAUUCCUGUAUAUAAAGGUUCCUGUUUCAGCCUGUUUAAUAAUAGAAAAAGCACACACAACAUGUGUAACUAUCCCCUCUAGCUUUCAGUCCCUUUUUCAAAAAGCAUAGUCACUGUCCUCCUGAUAAUGACCUUCCAUGAAUCUUGAGGCAACUGGUGUUGGUUCAGACAUUUAGAACAGAUAAAAACUUAGCUGCCUUUCUCACUUAACUGAGACUCCCAUACCAGCCUAUUUCACCACUAUUUAAAUUAUUUAUAAAAUGUUGAGUUACUUUAAAUACAGGUGCUUUAGUUCUAUUGAUGUGCCAAACAUGGACCUUUGUAAGUUAAAACUUAUCUCAACACAACCUUGAUGACACCACAGCUCCAUGAGCUGCUGUUGUGAAACAUGUCCCAUUAGCUAGCCAAAUAGGCACACAAUGUUGCUUCGUUUUAGAGGGUCAAAUGUCAAUAUAAUUCUAAGCAUAUCUUGCGUCAUUCAAGGUGAAUAGGUUGCCCACUGGCACUCUGUAACAAAACAUUGGUUUCUAUGUUGGGCGGGUUAGAAAAAAACAUUCCUGUGGAGUUGUGAAUUUUUGCACACUCUUCUUGCCCCUCUGUUUAUAAUCCUAACAAUAUUGCUCCAAUUACCUCUUGGAUUGCAGCAUCUGGGUUGAUGCAUGGAAAGAGGAGUGUAUCCAGCAGGAAUAUUAAACAGCAAAACACAAAUAUGUCUUGAUUGCUGUGGGUCCCAUGCUUGGACUAAAGUGUUGUGGUUCUUGCUUUAUAACACAAAGUGCUUUUUGGGGAGCAAGUGUGACUCCACCCACGAUGAAUGUCCAUCUUUUUUCACAUCUGACUUCUUUGUAUUGUAAUCUGUAUCUCAGGGGGUUUGUCUGAAAGCCAAAACUGACAAGUUCUGUGGUUCCUUUUGGCAGAUUUUCUUUGCUUGUGUUUCCUCUUUGUUGGCAUCAUACUUCACAUCUUGGUUCUAUGUGCAAACAUUUAGUCUCUAUGAACUUCCCUUUGAGAGAGCCUGUAACUAGUUGAAUUUAUAUAAAGUGCUUCUUGAAGCAGCAGCAAAUUGGGGUAUCUACUCUGUUUUAUUUUAAAAAAAAUCUUGCUAUUUUCUUACUUCUAGCUGUGCUAAAAUGUACAUAAUUUGAGUAAGACCAUAGGAAAUUCACUUUAAGAUUGGUGUAAGGAUGCCACACACAGUUCACUUUCUCUCAUUGUUAAUAUUGUUAAUAUUUAGCUUUAUCCUGUCAAAAUAUUAGUGACAGAAUAGUCUGUUCCCUGCUGACGUUCUGAAAAUAUUUGUUUCAUACGGAAACAACUUUAGUCUUAAGGAAAUGUUGGUAUAGCCUAUGCAGCAGUACUAUGGCUGCACUUCAAACUUUUCAUAAUGGUUGAUUUAGCCCAUUUUUCUACAAAUAAUAUGCCUUGUCAAACUGCAUUUUACAGUGUAAAUCAGCUGAUUGUCCACUUCAGCUUAUUUCCUUGAGUGCUGUAGGCAAACAGGCAAACUAUGCUGGUAUGGGACUGCCCUUGCCUUCAUUGCUUGAUGCAAACAUUUCUUACCCCAGAACAAGUCUUGUGUUGGGUGUUAACCCUGCAAAAGACAACAUUCUUCCAUUUGGCUAAUAGUUGGUUUAGAUCCCCCAACUGUUGUCUUUUCCUCAUGAUGCAACACAUUUGGCCUUGCUCUGCAGAACUCACCCAUUUAAAUGAAGGGUAAUCCUUGAUACGCUUUCCAGAGCAGAAAGCAUACACACUCUUCCCAUUCUUAAUUUUUUGUCGUUUACUACUGACUUUCUAAAAAGAGAGUGCAAUUUUUAAACAUGCAUCUGUGCUUAGCUAAACUUGUUGAUCCAUCAAAGCAUUGUCUCUCCUCCAGUUGACAUUUUAUAGCUUAAAUGCUUGGUUUUAAGUUUCAUACAUCUGGUUAGACUUGGAUUCCUGUGUGGCAUAUGAAAUAUAAUCUCUUUUUGAACUUGGUGUUCUCUCUGUACCAUACUUGUAAAAUACUUGCUAGCCUUUUUUUGAGAAGUGUUGUUUUUUAAAAAAUAAAUGGGGUAUUUACCUGUCCCAAGUGCAUUCCCACUUCUCACUUACUUGCAAAUUCAAUGAAUAAAGUCCAUUAAUUCUGCUAGCCAAAAUUGAUGUUGUGUUAGACUUUUUUAAAUUCUGUCAUCAACUUGGUCUGUAACAACCUGAGAGGCUUGUGACAGUAGAUUAAUGUGCAAAUGUGUUUGGUAAUUAUGGAAAGGCUUGAUUUAGAGUGAGUGCAAUAUUUGUAAGGCUAAAGACUGAAGGGACUAACAGUAAGUCUGGUGUCACCAUAUUCUAGUCUUACGUCUUUCAUUUUAAAAUACAUUUCAAUACAGGGCUUCUUAGAUAAGUUUCCCUAGCUUCUAGGGAAAUUGUAGUGUGUUCCUAUGGCCUUACAAAUACAUUUUUUCUGCCCAAAUAUCAUGUUUCUCCCUUGAACUUACAAUUUUAAUGAGACAUACCAAAUUCUGAGAAAUAAAGCAUGAUUCAGAAGAGCCUAAUUUUUACAUAAUUAGUCUGCCUCGUGUGAAGCACAUUUUAUCAGUACUCCAAAAGCAUAAGGUGGAAAAGCUCCAGCAGAUAAUGUGAACUUGUCAUGUGGUUAACUUGUAAACUUAAUCAUUAACUGUGUAUUGAUACUGUGU